GUUAAUCAUCCGUCAGCACACACUCAUGUACAUUCACAGAAUGCUGUACUAGUAAUAAUAUAAAAAAUUGGCAUCUCAUAUCAGUUUGACAAGAUUUUCACAAUACUGUCAAUUAAAAUCCAUAUGAGCAAAUUUUAUUGUAAGAAUACUACAUGUGCUGUAAAGACCAGGAUUAGUCAGUGAUGAAGAGAAGUGAAUUCUUCAUGCAGGCACAGGAACGAGUGAGGAAGAUCUCCUCUGAUCUGAGGCAUGAGGUCAUUGAUCUGGGGGGUGCAGAGAAUAUUAUUGAGCUGCGUAUGAUGAAUAAGAAAAUCAAGAACAAGGCCAGAGCUUCCGAAGGCCUAAUGGAUGUUCCUGGACUUGUUGAACCGGAGGAGUUUUUAAAAGCAGCAGCUCAGGGAAAGAUGGAAGUAGUUGAGAAGUUUCUGGAAGAUGGAGGAGAUCCAAACACCUGUGAUGAGUUCAGAAAAACGGCACUCCAUCGGGCUGCUCUGGAAAAUCAUGCUAAAAUAGUGGAAAACUUACUGAACAAAGGAGCUGAUAUCAACUUUAAAGACAGGCUGGAUUGCAGGGCUGUACAUUGGGCUUGCAGAGGUGGAAGUCUCUCAGCACUGAAAGUUCUUCAGGACAGGGGAGCUGAUAUCAACGUCAGAGACAAACUGCUUAGCUCACCUUUACAUGUGGCCACACGUACAGGUCACAGCGACGUGGUCCAACAUCUUCUAGACAAUGGGAUCAAUAUUAAUGCCAAAGAUUGGGAAGGAGACACAGCUCUACAUGAUGCUGUCAGAUUAAAUCGUUAUAAAAUUGUAAAGCUCCUCAUACUGGCAGGAGCCAAUAUGCAGAUCAAGAAUGCUGAGGGCAUUACAGCCACUGAACAGGUGAAGCAAUGGCAGUUUGACACCAAGGAGACACUGGAGAAACUGGAACAGAUGAGGGAGGUUGGUCUGGCCUGACAGACACAUGGAGAUGCAUUGGAUUCAUUAGAGCCGCUGUGAACAGGUGCAUGGCUGAGAACAACCCCACCUCUGCCUGAGUAACUAUUUGCUUUCUGUGUUAAUUAGUGGUGAAAAGUACCUGUCCUCACUCAGUAUACUGGAUGAAUGAGGGCUUAGAAAAGAGUUUCAUUGAUUUUUUUAAUAAAAAAAAAAUGAGGCUUAUAUUUUAAUAAAACCAUAAAAUAUAAUAUUUUUGUAUUUUAAAAGGCAUUGCGUUGAUCAGAUUAUAUAC